AUGUCCGGUAAUACGGGCGGUGGUCAGAAUCGUCUGUAUGCACUGUCAGAUCGCCAGGAUACAGAGGAUCGUGGAGAUGUUGUCACAGGGAAGGCGAAUAAUGUAGCUGAUGCUCUCAGUCGGCGUUCCAUGGGAAGUUUAGCUCAUGUCGAGGCAGACAAGCAAACUAUGACAAAGGAAGUCCACCGCUUAGCAAGCCUAGGAGUUCGAAUUCUAGACUGUGGAGAUGGUGGACUGAAGGAGGGAAUUCACAAACACAAGACUACGGCCUUUGAACAAGGGGAAGAUGAUGGUACUUUGAGGUACAGAGGCAGAUUAUGCGUUCCAGACAUAGAUGGGCUCAGAGAUCGGAUUAUGUCUGAAACCUAUAAUUCCAGGUAUUCCAUUCACCCAGGUUCCACAAAGAUGUAUCAUGAUCUUAAGGAGAUUUAUUGGUGGAAUGACAUGAAGAAUAAUGUAGCAAAUUUUAUGGCUAAGUGUCUAAAUUGCCAGCAAGUGAAAACAGAUGGCCAGGCAGAGCGUACUAUUCAGACUCUUGAGGACAUGUUGAGAGCAUGUGUCCUAGAUUUCAAAGGUAAUUGGGAUGACCAUUUGCCCCUCUUUGAGUUUUCUUAUAAUAAUAGUUACCACUCUAGUAUCCAUAUGGCACCGUUUGAGGCCUUGUAUGGGCGGAGAUGUAGGUCGCCAAUUCGUUGGUUUGAGGUUGGUGAAGCAGAGUUGUUAGGGCCAGACUUGGUCUAUCAGGCUAUGGAGAAAGUCAAGUUGAUUCAAGAGCAUUUGAAGACGGCUCAGAGUCGCCAAAAGUCCUAUUCGGGCAUGCGGCGCAGAGACUUGGAGUUCCAAGUUGAUGAUUGGGUGUUCCUGAAAGUUUCGCCUAUGAAAGGCAUUAUGAGAUUUGGGAAGAAGCGGAAGCUUAGCCCCCGCUAUAUUGGGCCAUAUAAGAAGUUCAUGGGAGACCCGUCUCUAGUUGUUCCUACAGAAAUCCUAGGGGUUAAAGAUAGUUUGUCCUAUGAAGAGAUCCCAGUGGCUAUUCUUGAUCGUCAAAUCCGCAAGUUGAGAACUAAAGAGAUUGCUUCAGUGAAAGUACUAUGGAGAAAUCAGAAAGUUGAAGAGGCUACGUGGGAGGCCGAAGAGGACAUGAAGUCUAGAUAUCCCCAUCUCUUUGAAGAGCAAGAAGAAAAUGCUGAAGACAAUUCAUUAGACAUUCAGUUCAGUAAUCAUGUAUUCAUUCAGUCAGUUCAGUGA